CCUGCCUGCGGAGAACCUCUGUUAGUUAGUCGCCUUCCUGCCUCAACCGCAGCGAGUGCAGUGUCCCUUCAGUUCCGCAGAUUCCGUGUUUUGGCGUGUUGCUCACAACAGACCGGCACCCCCGAAUCCGCUCCCGAAAUGACCAGCAGCGCAUGAAAGACGUCACUCCGCGCCAGGGCGACACUUCCCACCUCAAGCCGACUUGUGUCCGCCGCAAGACCGGAGAAAAGAGACAAGUGAAUCCCUCUGAUGCUGGCCGCAAUUUGAUGCCGAGUGGUGCCUAGUCGCGCCGGAAUAAAGUGCCUGUGUGCUCAAAACUGCGAUUUGCGCCAGCUCCUGCAGCAGAAAACAGUUGUUGUUGAGUGCGCGAAAUAUGGAUAUGUCCACCGUGGACCCGCAAGGACCGCAAGCCCACGUGACGCACCGCUGGUAUGAAGCCCCUCGCAUGUCUGCCGGCAUGGACGGUGCCACGGGCAACAUGCUGCCCCCGGAAGAUAUAGACGUGUUUUUCCCUUCCUUGGACUCUGGCCCCAGUAGAGCACGUUCCUACUACCAGGCUGCCCAAAUGCACUCGCCCUACGGAUCCGCAGCAUCCCACGCAGCGAGAAUGUCGAGCAGCCAGGUGUGCCGGCCGCACUUCCACACCCCCCUGCAUCCCUGGAUGUCGGACACAAGCAAGCCGAUGGUGCCGCACCCGUCGCACGGCUCGGCGUGGUGUUCGCCGUUCGGAGCCGCGUCGUCCAAGAACCCUGCGUCGACGCCGCACCCGUCUCCACCGGCCAACAACAGCAACAACCAGUCGCAGCAGCCGUCACUGCCACCCCCGCUGCCGCCGCACUCGUCGGCGGCCGUGCACUCCAGCCCCCACCACCACCUGUUUUCGUUCCCCCCGACGCCGCCCAAGGACGCGACGCCUGACUCCGUGACGCCGCGCAGCACCGCGGCCGACGUGGUCGCUGCCGUCGAGUCGUACCAGCAGGCGGUGAACGUGGUCGCGCAGGCCGCCAUGCAGGCGGCGUCAGCGUCGUCAGCGUCAUCGACCAGCUCGACGUCCAGCUCUACGCCAGCCAACAACAUGGAGUGCGUCGACAUCAAGCCGUCGGCCAUGAUCACCAGCCUGGGCAACUGCUCCAGCGGGAAGCCGCGCGAAGGUAGUGAUGCCCGUUUCGCGGUGACCGCCACCAACACCACGACCAACACCACCCCCAGCUCGUCUAGUUCAACGUCCUCCUCGCCCCCGCAUCACCCCCACGCCCACUAUCCGUCGUCGUCUCACCACCAGAACAUGCACUACCCUUACCACCACGGUGCUAGUCCCUCGGGCGAUAUGAGCCCCGGCUCGGCCUACGGGUUCCACCACCCGGCCGCCCACCACCACCACCACCACCACCACGCGGCUGCCACGGUGGCCGUGUUUGGGGCCAACAAGUCCCUGCACCCCGCCAAACCGAGGACGAAGUCCAGGUCCAGCGCCGGUGGCUGGACUGAUGCAAAAUCUUGCUCCUCCUCUUUUGACUCUGUCUCUGGUGUUAAUCACAGAGAGAAUGCUGGUGAGGGGCGAGAAUGUGUCAAUUGUGGCGCAACCUCGACACCCCUGUGGCGCAGGGACGGCACCGGACACUACCUGUGCAACGCGUGCGGCCUCUACUACAAAAUGAACGGCCAGAAUCGACCACUCAUCAAACCGAAACGAAGACUUUGCUUGCAGAGUGCUGCCAGACGGGCUGGCACUUCGUGUGCCAAUUGUAAAACCACCAUGACCACCCUGUGGAGGCGCAACCAGAACGGAGAACCUGUCUGCAACGCCUGUGGACUCUACUACAAACUGCAUAAUGUGAACCGACCACUGACAAUGAAGAAAGAGGGCAUCCAGACGCGCAACCGCAAGCUGAGCUCCAAGUCGAAGAAGAAGAAGGGCGGCAAUGGCAUGGGGCCGGGCGUGAUGGGCCCCGGACUGGGCCUGCCCGACAUGAUGAAGCCACUGGACAAGUCGGCGUUCCCCGGCUUCGGCGCCGCCGGCAACCACCUGGGGCCGUCCAUGUCGCACUACAUGUACAACAGCAACAUGCACGCCAGCUCGAUGCACCACGCGGGCUCGUUCGCGCCGCCGCCGCACCACGCGUCCAUGCACAUGUCCGGCAUGGGCAGCCUGGGUCUGGCCACGUCCUCACCGCUGUCCCUCGGCUCCAGCGGCCUCGGUCUAGCGUCGUCCAACGGCAUGGUUAGCAUACCCUACUCGGGACACUCGGUAUUCUCGUAAGAAGAGCAGCGGGUGUCGCCACCUCUCGGGAACAAGUACAAAUGAAAUGAACGAACCUCUCGCUGUUGUCCCUGAUCGAGAAUCCAGUCUGUCUCUCUCCGCGCGGAGCGUUCGCGGCGGGAUUGUGCUGACCAAGCGCAGACGGCCACCGCCAUCUUGCCCGCUGGACCGGGAAAGAUCACGAAUUCGGCUAUUUUUGUCUGGAAAUCUGGUGAGCAACCUGCGGUCUUUCCUCGAGGGCAGUGCGGCCAGCCGCGCGAGGGCAAGAUGCGGCCGCGAUUGACACCGUUUUGUUGUGAUCCCUCUCUCAUCUCAGUUGUGUAUAAAUCUCGUGUAAAAAGCAAAACUCUUUAAAUGUGUGCAGGCUAAUUGUGAGCUAAUUUAUUAAGCCCGCGCGUCGUUUCCUGAAAUUAUGUGUGCGGUGUAAAUAUGUAUUGUGCGUGCGCCCAAUUUUAUCAAUCAAAGAAAAAUGCAUACACAGAAACGAAAUAGGGAAGCGCCGUUGUAAAUGAAAGUAUUUAAUGCGUGUGCGAGAUUCGUGAACUUUUUAAAAGAAUUGAGAGCGAAAGCUACCAAUAUGUACUCGAAAAUACAUACAUGUGUAAUAAUUAUGUAUUUAAAGAAUAGAAAAGCGCGUUGUAAAAAUCAGGAAAAUACACAAAAAGAAUCAUUAUUAAUUAAUAAAUUCUAAGGAAGUGGAAAGCAAGUUGGCUCGCUCCUCUCACACCUUGAAAAGCUGAAUAUGUGUUGUAAUUAAUUGCGACGAAAAGAAUUAAGGUAAGAUUUAAGCAAGGUGAGAGUUUGAUUUCCUUUGUCACAACCAGCUUAAUUCACACUUAACUGAAUGAUCAAUCAAUCAAUCGAGUCUUGACCAACACGAGUCUUUAUAUUCUAUUAUAAACUAUACGUAAACAACACGACGAAAUUUAAUAUAUCUCCGUUUUUAAUUCAAAGAAAUCAACGCAAUUUUCUGCGAUCAUUAAACCAAAUGUUUUAUAAAUUGAGUUUGUUAAGCGCUGUGUAUAAGAAUGUUUUGUUUCCUACAUAAAUUGUAAUUAAAUGAACAAACUAAACUACAUUAUUAUAUAAAAAUAGGAUCUUCACACCUACUGAAAAGUACUUAUUCAAUUGUUGUGUAUAAUUAAGACUAUAUACGAACAAAUCUUGCGUUUGCUUUCGCCUCUGGAUCAUCUUUUGUAUUCUGUGUACACACAAGACGAACUCGAGUUAAUUGUGACAGAGGAGAAAGAAAUAAUAAAAUGAUGAAAAUGAGUAUUAAAGAAAUCAAUGAUUGAUAAAA